AUGAAACCAAAGCCAGCCCAGUAUGCAGCUAGCUCAAUCGGGACUAAUGUUCUGGAUGUGAGGGCAUCGGAGUCCUCGGACUCGUCUAAAUGCAACAUUCUCCCUCGGAUUCCCCUUUUACGUUUUCCUUCUCUUCUUCUUCUUCUUCUUCUUCCAUCUACCUCUCGUCUCGUAAUAGUUCAUUUACACCAAGCCUAUCAUCGGCCUCGUAUCGACGCUCCGCAUUCCAACCAAGAGAUCAUCUUGAAAGUCUGA